GUCACAGCUCUAUGGCCGCUUGGUCAAAGCUGCAAAGAGACCUGCUGAUGGGCAAAGCUGGAAGAGGUGUCUCCAAGUCCUUUGUGGAGUACCAGACUCUCUGGUCAGCGUGCAGCUCUCCAAUCAGGUGGCAAGCUCGAUCACAACGCAACAUUGGGAGCUCUCCUUGGAGGUCUUGCAAGAGGCCUUGCGAUUUGGUCGUUGGAGUGUGGUCAGCACGAACACAGCCCUUUCGGCCCACCUUCUUCUCUCUGGGUGGCAGAGAGCACGGGCGACCUUGGCACAACAGGAAAGACGGUCUCGCACAGAUGUCAUCUCCUGGAACACCGUCAUGGCGGCUUGCAGCCGCGCCGGCCAAGCAGAGCUAGUGCUUAGGCUGUUAAAGGAACUUCAGCUGUGCCGUCAUGAGCCCGAUUUGGUCUCCUUCAACACGGUCUUAGAUGCCUGCUCUGAGGCAAAGCUGUGGCAAGCUUCGUCACAUCUCUUUUUUCGCUUUGCAAUGGGCCGCCCUGAAGCCGGAUGCCUUCACGCUAAGUGGCAUCAGCACGGCAGUUUCGUGGAGGACUGCACUGGACUUGCAGUCCGGCAGCAUCACUCCCAAUGCUGUCAGUGA